AGUGAGCUUUCUGAAAUAGUUUCAUGUGUACCAGUGCUGCAGAGGAAAGUGCACCAGUUAGACAUCAGACAGCAUGAGAGUCUUCGUCCUGCUUGUUUGCCUGUCAGUGGGCUGCCUCGCUCAGAGGCCACAGAGAUGCACAUCCCCUCCUCUGCUGACUGGAAGCCUGUCUGUGUCCAGUGCAAAUGAGAAGCUGACGGUCUUUGCCAGGUACACUUAUGACGCACUGAGGCAGCGCAUUCGACUCGUAGAAUGGGGAUCUUAUCAGAAUCAGUCUUUCCACUCUGAUGCUCUUCUCCUCUACAGAGAGGGUGUUGUGUAUAAGAUAAACAACAGGAACCGAACGUGCUGCAAGAAGGCUCUAUGUAGAUCCUUCCAUCCACUGGCGGUUCCCCAGAACGCCUCCCUGCUGGGCCAGGUGGUGCUGGGCAGCUCCUCUGGUCCAGCGCAGGGAGUCCUGGUCAACACUUGGGCUGGGAAGCUGAACAUGAAGAAGACAAGAGCAAAGUACAUGAGCACUGUCACCGAGUUUGGAUGCGUUCCUGUCAGCACUCUGUUCUACACGGACAAAACUGGAUGGAUAGUGACCAGCUUCUUCAACAACGUCAUAGGACUAGCAGAUCCUCAGAUGCUCAUCCCGCCGUCUUUCUGUAGAGACGCCCAGCUGGAGACAGAGAAUGGAGAAGGUCCAGAAACCUUCUUCAGUGUGCUAUAAAACACGAGGCUGCUUUUCAGAAAUGCAGUGCACUGUGAUGCUGUCUGUUGCAUAUGAAUCUUUGCACUGAACAGCCCUUUUAUCAGUGGCCGUCCUUGGUGAAGUAACACUUAACAAGCUGUAUGCAGGUAAAACCAUGUUAUUCUUCAAUCAAACUUAAUCGGUGCAUCUAUUGUGGGUUUAAUCAUCUGUAUAAUCAUUGGAUUACAGCAGAAACCAUGUAUUGCAAAUAUAGAUCAAGUGAGAAAUUUGCUGUACAAUAAAUUUGUAGUUACAGGUUAACAUGAGAAAACAUACAAUCAAAGAAUGGAGGUAAAAUGUUUACAUCUUUGAUUAUUUUACAAGUAUUAAAAUCUCUUUAAUAUGG